AUGGAUUCUUGGGUAGACACAACAAGUCCGUUGUCCAACGCAUUUGGGGGGUUGGGAAAUGGUCUCGGCAAUAUACUCAAUUUUUCCGAUCCACUACUAAGUCAAAUCAUCAACUCAAAAAAGGCAUUACAGUUGCUAGACUCUGAGUUUGCAUCAUCAUUAGCGUCAGCAGCAGGCGGUGAGUCCACAUCUGAAGAAAGUAAGGAUAAAUCGAUUGUUGAGCUACUUAUAAGUUCAAGCGAUGGUGAUCUUGUCACGUUGGAGCGUAUAUUGCGAGCAUAUCCGGAAUUAGUCAACAAAUUGUAUCCUAAUGAAAGUGGCGGAGUUUCAGCAUUAAUUUAUGCCAUUUGUUUCAAUAAUGACGAUAUUGCAACUUCAUUAUUGGAAAAUCAUAAUGCAGAUCCCGAUCUACAUGACACUGUUGUAUACUACACGCCAAUAAUGUGGGCAGUAUACUUGAACCAAAUCGACAUGGUCAAAUUAUUGAUCAAUUCACAAGCUGACCCCUACUUGAGUCCUAAAGAUGAUGGGAAAAAUGCAAUCACUUUACUUAAUCCUGAGUCAACAGAAAUCAUUGAAUAUUUCAAGUCACACAACUUAUUGAAGCACAAGGGUAUUGAAAAUGAAACAGAAGUCUUUACUACGAAUACAUUUACACCAACUGAUGAAUUUGAAGAUGAUCUUCUGACAAAGUUGAAAUUGCAAACGUUGUCGGCUACAGUUGAAGACGAAAAUGAAGAAGAACCGGUACAUGAGGCUGAUGAUGAGGAUGCUUUGGUUAAAGAUCUCAUCAUUCCAAGAUUACCAGACUUUGAAUAUGAUAAGUUGAUUCCUGAACAAUACAUCAAGUUCACCGAUAGUGACAUUCCCUCGUUGAUCAAUUACAUUUUUAGGUUGAGAUCAAACUUGACAUAUCAACACAACACCAGAAUUCCAGCUGCUAUCCUAUUUCAACUAGUUCGAUUCUCGCAUUUGAAAGUGGAUUCUAAUGAGUUAACAGAGUUUUUGUUUGAUUGCUUUACUGCAAGAUUGAGAUCAAUCACCAAUACUAAAUCGGGGGCAUUUAAUAUGGCGUUGCAGGAAGACACCAGUGCAAUGGGUGCUGGAGAUAUCGUUUUGCUCAGUUAUUGGCUUUCAGCGUUGCAAUUUUUGCAUUUUUACUUCAGUAAGGGAAAAAUUUAUCUUAAAUUUCCUCGCUUUUUGCAACAAAUUAUCAAUCUAGUCCAGUCGUUGAUUGCUACAUUGUCAUUUUCAAUCAACUCUCGUUUGAAUUUAUUAGUUGAUGAUUGUAUUUUGAAAUUUACUAGCUUGAUUGAUGUGUCCAACACAUUGUAUGCCAAAGAUUGGAAUUUAUUCAAGAAACAUAAAUCACAUCCUAACAACUAUGAUGAUAUUUUAAACACAUUGUAUCCGCCAACACAGAAUGACUUGAUGAAACCAUCGCCAUUGAGAUAUAUUCAAGUUCUUGGCGCUUUGGAUUACGUGUUGAAAAUCCAUAGUGUUGAUAAACUUUUCCGUGUACAAACAUUUUCACAAGUGUUUUAUUACAUUAAUUGUAUUAUUUUCAAUAAUAUCAUUAGUCAAAGCAAGUAUUGCACUAGAGCCAAAGCUGUUCAAAUACGACUCAAUAUAUCAACUAUUGAGGAUUGGCUUCGGUCUCGUGAUUUGAAGGUGUACAAACAUGAUGAUAUUGGUGGGUUAAACAAGUUAGUUGGGGAUUCCAAUGUACAAUUGCACAACUUGUUGAGCGAGGACAAAUCGUUACUGAAAAAGGAUCCUAGAAAUUUGGACUUUUACUACGAUUCUGUUUAUCACAUUUGUAAAAACCAGUUGCAACCUACAAUAGAGUUAUUACAGUGGCUUCAGUGUAUGACUUCGUUGAAAGAUGAAGAGAGCUUAAUCAAUACAAUUAAUCAGUUUGACUAUUUGAAUUAUUACCAGUUGUAUAAGGUAGCUCACAAAUUGUACAAGUAUGCCGUUGAUGAACCUAAAUUACCCAAGAAAUCGGUCAAUUUAAUCAAAUCCUUGAUGAGUGAGCAAGGAGAAAAUCAAGUCAAUAAAAACUUUCAACAUUACAUGACCCAAUCGACAUUUUUAUCCAAAGAAGUGUAUGUGUACUUGAAUCCAAAUUAUAUUUUUGAAAUUGCAUUGCCAAACCUCACUGAGUUGAUCAAUACUUAUGGGUCUGGUACUGGUGGAGUUAGAGUCUUAAGAGCCAAAAAAUAUCAACCUAGUUUACCAAUAAGUAUCGUUGACGACAUUGACGAAAUAAUCACCGAAAACCGAAACUUGGAAAUGAACGAUACAUACGAGUAUGAAAAAGAUGAUGACGAGGAAGAUGGCGAUGUCAACGAAGGUGAUGAAAUUGAAGAAAAGAAUGAUGAUUUGAGUAAAUCAGACGCUGAUAAACAAACCAAUUUCAAAGGUGAUGAAUUAUUCAAGAGUGUCCAAAUGCCCAACUCUCUUAUGCAUAGGAACUGGGGUGACUCAGGAGCAGAUGAUUUUGAAUCCAAUCCAUGGUAA